CUUCUUCCUUCAUAUAGAAAGGGAAUAAAACCUUAAGAUGUCAGUGUUGUGCCAAAUCUGUAGAGCAACAGGCAUAUAAAGAUUAUCAUUAUACGGAAAUGCAAUUUAAAAAAUAUAUAUUUUCUAAAAACUUUAAUAACAAACAAACAAAAAAAAAAGUAGCACAUUAUGAAUUAUAUAUAACUGGAAUAACAAAAAAAAUGCAUCUACUCUUGGCAAUUAUUUUUUAACAUGUUUUUACAGAGUUUUGACAGCAGGAAAUGCACUAUACAAAAGAAAAGAAAAGGCAAUUUAACUUUAGUAACAAACACAUUUAGGUCAUUUACCUACUCUGGAAUAGCAAAAAUAUUUUCAAAAACACGUCUCGGAGAUCCCUGUGACGGAAUUUAACACGUUAACAUGUUUUUUUAAUUGGGUGUAUUCUGGUUAACACCCAACAAAGACAGGGCCGAGUUUGGAUUUCCGCGUUGUGCUUGAACGCACCGCGUCGCGAGCAGGAAGCGUUGAGACUCGCGGGUUAAUCUCCCCUCGCGCUUCACAGGUAUUCGUACUAAUUACCUCCCCUAACACCCCGUGUACGUCCAGGGUACCAUACCCGAACCCGACGUCGCUGGGGAAUCGAUCCGCUGUCGGUCAGGUUCAGAUCGAGGGUGUCGAACACAACACUCCCGGCGGGUAUCGAUCUCGGGAGUCGAGUCAAGUGUAGUGUGCCAACAAUUAACAACACCUCAUCCUCGGCUGUCAGUCACGGUGAUCCGCGGAGAGACCCGGGUCCGAUGCUCGACGACGUGAGACCCGGGGACGUUACCGGACAGGAGGGUACAUGUUAUCGGUCGACUGACCGGAGACCUACCGGUGUUCAAGACAGAGGAACGGCGGUACAUUAACAGCCACAGAAUGCCAGCAGGAGUGUGUGGGUGCUGCGGGCCCCUGAGGCCCCGCUACAAGCGCCUGGUAGACAACAUCUUCCCAGAAGACCCCAAAGACGGGUUGAGUAAGUCGGACAUGGAGAAGCUGACCUUCUACGCCGUUUCGGCGCCGGAGAAGCUGGACCGCAUCGGGGCCUACCUGGCAGAGAGGCUGAGCCGGGACGUGGUCCGCCACCGCUACGGGAACGUGGUGAUUGCCAUGGAGGCCCUGGACCAGCUGCUGAUGGCUUGCCACUCCCAGAGCAUCAAGCCCUUCGUGGAGAGCUUCCUCCACAUGGUGGCAAAGCUGCUGGAGUCCCGGGAGCCAGACCUGCAGGUCCUAGGCACCAACUCGUUUGUGAAGUUCGCCAACAUCGAGGAGGACACGCCCUCGUACCACCGGCGCUACGACUUCUUCGUGUCCCAGUUCAGCGCCAUGUGCCACUCCAUGCACGAGGAGCCCGAGACACGCUCCAGGAUCCGGGUGGCGGGUAUCAGAGGCCUGCAGGGCGUGGUGAGGAAGACGGUGAACGACGAGCUGCAGGCCAUCAUCUGGGAGCCGCAGCACAUGGACAAGCUGAUCCCCUCCAUGCUGUUCAACAUGCAGGACGCCCAAGACCUCGACAGGGUGGGGCACCCCGCCAGCCCCUCGGUGGGGGGCCAGGAGCCCGACCCGGACCACCAGGAGGACCCAGUGGUCCUGGCUGAGAGCUGCUUCAGAGAGCUGCUGGGUCGCGCUGCGUACGGGAACAUGAACAACGCAGUCAGACCGGUCCUGGUUCACCUCGACAACCAUCACCUGUGGGACCCAAACGAGUUUGCCGUUUCCUGUUUCAGAAUCAUCAUGUACUCCAUCCAGGCGCAGCACUCCCACCAUGUGAUCCAGCAGGUACUGAACCACCUGGACACCCACGGCCGCAACACGCCCCGGGUCCGCGCCGGCAUCGUCCAAGUGCUGCUGGAAACCGUUGCCAUCGCCGCCAAGGGCUCUGUUGGUUUGACUCAAGAGUUCAAAAGACCAAACCCCUUCGAACCGGAAUGCCAGACUCCCACCAACCUCUGGCUGGGCCCCACAGUGCUGGAGGUCUUCAACACGCUGCUGAAGCACCUGAGGAUCAGCGUGGACCUGGAGCUGGGGGAGGGGCCUCGCCGGGCGUCGGCCGCCAGCGCGUCGUCAGGGCGAUUCAAGGAGAGCGAGGAGCGCAUCGUCCAGAACGCCAUCAUUCAGACCAUCGGGUUCUUCGGCGGUAACCUUCCCGACUACCAGCGUGCGGAGGUGAUGAUGUUCAUCAUGGGGAAGAUCCCUGUGUACGGGACACCCUGCCACUCCAUGGACACGGUCAGGAUAGGACACCAGGGCACCAAGAGGAUCCAGACCAUGCUGCUGAGCUCCCUCAUCAUGGUGACCUCCGGGUUCAAGUCUAAGACCAUGGUGGCGGCUCUGCCCCCCCCCUUCCUGGAGCCGCUCUUCUCCAUCUCCCUGAUGGAGGACAGCGAGCUGCGCCAGCUGGUCCUGGAGAUCCUGCACAACAUCAUCGAUCGCCACGACAACCGCGCCAAGCUGCGCGGCAUCAGAAUCAUCCCAAACGUGGCCGCUCUGAAGUUCAAGAGAGAAAAGAUCUCGAAGCAAGACGUCGCCUUCAUGAAAAAGCAUGGCCAGCAGCUGUACCGCCACAUCUACCUGGGCUCCAAGGAGGAGGACAACGUCCACAAGAACUACGAGCUGCUGUUCACCACGCUGGCCGUGCUCACCAUCGAGCUGACCAACGAGGAGGUGGUCAUCGACCUCAUCCGGCUCGCCAUCGCUCUGCAGGACAUGGCGCUGGCCAAUGAGGAGAGCAUGCCCAUGGUGAUUCGCUGUGGCAUCAUGGCUCUGGUGGCGGCCUACCUCAACUUCCUGAGCCAGAUGAUCGCCAACCCGUCCUUCUGCCAGCACGUUAACAAGGUGGUGGAGCUGAGGAGCCUGGACGCCCCGCAUCUCCUGCCCGAACACAUCUUCAAAGACAAGUGUCCCCUCCCGGACUCUCUGGACAAGGAGGACCGGAGUCUGUACUUCCAGACGCUGGACAUUGCAGAGUGUCUUGCGGGACCAACGUACAGCGUGGACCGGCUCUCCAUCUCCUACGUCCCCCAGGUCACAGUCCUGUACACGGUAGGCAAGAUUCUUCACAAGUGCAAACAGUCAUCAAGAGACCGCCUGACCAGGAGGAAGAGCGUUGUGGACACCAUCUCCCUCCAGGUGGACAUCCUGCCCAACAACCUCCCUGAUCAGUCCCAGCUGGCCGAGGAGAUCACCUUCGAGACCUUGAAGAAGGCCAUAGACACCACAGGCCUGGAGGAGCAGGAGCGGGAGAAGAGGCGUCAGGUGAUCGAGAAGUUCCAGAAGGCUCCGUUUGAGGAGAUCGCUGCUCACUGCGAGUCCAAGGCCAACAUGCUGCACGACAGACUGGCCCAGAUCUUUGAACUGACCAUUCGGCCCCCCCCCAGUCCGUCUGGAGUGGUGUCCGUCUCGGCCGGCCACCCCCAGCACCAGUCGGUCCCGGUCUACGAGAUGAAGUUCCCCGACCUGUGCGUCUACUGACCGGGGGACACCGUCGGGACCAUCUGGAGCCCUCUAGAACCUUCUAGAAGGACCCAGCGAGACUGAACAUUCAAGAACCUUUAGAGGCGGGAACGGUGGGGAAGUGCGUUGAAAAGGUCUUCAUUAAUCGGAUCUAAUUGAAUGCAUUGUAAAGCACCAUGACCUCCCCCCCCCCCCCGCUUUUAGACCAUCUCAUCGCCGCAGGUACUGUCUAACCCAGCACAACAAAAACCCAAAUCGGUCCUAUUUUCAAUGUCAGUUGGGUGUCGUUGAGGGGUUGGUUUCUUAAAUCGUAAUCUUUUGAAUCUUAUUGAAACCUCUUAAAACGAUUAAAAGGCCAUGGAAUGAUGAGGCCUUCAUCAGCACUGCUCCACGCCGUAACCUCAUGUCACUCACACACAAACACAGCGCACAGUGGUGAAUUGAACCGGCAGAUUCUCAGAGACGGUUGUUAGUGUGUCCACGUCUUGUACACGGUAUAAAUAGGAUCAGUUCAUGCCGAUAACCUUCUCCUGAUGUAUGCUAGCUAGCUCCCCUUGGGUCUAGAUACCCCUUUGAGCUGCAGUUCCUCCGUCAGCCUCAAGCAGUCCCAAGUUUCCCUUAAAUUAAACAGAUCAGCAUCGCUCUCCAGCGGUCGCUCUCUAUCUCAGUGCCCCGAUUGGUUUUAUGGAGUUAAAACGACAACGGGAGAUCGGUAGAUUCUGUGUAAGAAUGUCUUGAGCAAAAUGUUAUGGCGUUCCCCCUGAGACGGAGAACCAACGGAUCAAUAUCUAUGUCAGGAGAACCGACAGGUUAGUGUCUCCAGUAUGCUCUCAGCCCUAAGAACCCAACGCCUCCUCAGGCUCUGAGUGUCCAUGCCCCCCCCCCAGCGUCUAGCAACCAUGCUAUCAGACUAAUGCAACUACAGUGUACUGAAUGGAGUGCCGCUAGGCUACGUUAUGGCUAGCUUGUCUAUUGCCAUCAGCUAUGCCACGGCUAAUGAUGUAGCCACCUACAAUGCUAAGACUAGCGUCGGUUGUACAAGAAAAGCCGUCAGCGAGAGAACAGAUGCAGCGAACUGGUACUUGUGAUGCAUUGUGGGUAUUAAAGUUUAUAAUAAUAUAAUGGGGGUUUUGUGAGAGAACAAUAAGGUUUUAUAUAAUUGUGUCCUAUAUUAACGCCGUUUGGCAAGGCCUGCACUUUGGGAGAAUACAGCCACUAUGUUCAAGAGGAGUUAUAGCAAUGUUUCAUGAGAGGCUUGUGUAGAGUAUUAAUAGUAUUGUAUAUUACUCAUAGGAAUACUGCUUCUGAUUAAGCAAUAGUGCACUAGAUAUUUAAACUAACUUUUAAAUAUCUCUGGCGUGCAUUUCUCCCAGCCAAUCGCGUUCCACUUGCCUCCGCAGUGGUCGUGGAACCAGAUACUACUAUCAGUCGUGCCCGUAUGGUCCCAGCGUACAUUCCCCUCCACGCCUCCCCGAUGCAGUGCACAUUGAUCUGUCAUCGUGCUCGCUGAGUCUGAAGGCAUGGCGGGGCUACGUGCUCCCACUGCAGAGCUCCCACUCUCAUGACUAGAUUCUUAGUCCCCUGUGUAGCCGUGGUGACGCCUUCAUGCAUAUUACCUGUAGUGUGUGUGUGUCUGUGUGUGUGUGUGUGUCCCAUCCUGACACCAAAACAAUUCCAUUGCCAAAGACGAAGCCAGCUUCAGUUGGGUUCUCUCACUUAAGUGUGGAGCGCCGGAGUAACACGCACACUUACACACGUACACACACGCAAGUACACACACACACCAGCAGGAAGUACCUUUAUAAUCCCUAAUGCUGAGCGCUAUCUGUGUGUGAAGCUGUGCCUGUGGAAUAGGAGAAGCCGUCUGGUCUUUCUCGACUAUCAAGGCAACGCUGUGUGUGAGCGUGUUACCCAUGAUCCUCUAGUCGUCUCUUCUCGUGGCUCUAGCGAUUGUUAGUGAUCUCAGCAGCUGAUCCAGUUCAAAGCGUGUGUUCAGUAGUUUGAACCUGAGGGCCGGUUUAAUCCGGUUUAAGUCUGGUCUCGCAGGUAGACGCGGGGGGGGGGGGGGGGGGGGGGGUUAUGUAGAUAAAGAAGAUGACAGGAAACAGAAUGUGGAAAUGUUUGGGCACAUCCAGGUAGACAAGAGAAGGUGAAAGGUUUCUUUUGGUGUCUGGUUAACAAAAAUAGGUUUGCUUUGGUCGACUUGAUGAGAUGAGGGUUUCUAUUGGCCGUUUAGUCACCAGGAAGGUAUGGAAAGUUUAUAUUGGCUCUAUGUGUAAGUUUGUUGUGUGUGUGGAUAUGUCAUGAGACUCGGUGUUUAACAGGAUGAGAAGGCAGAGGGGGAGACCGAACUGUUUUUCAGAUUGAUGUCCGCUGUGUUUUAUUCUUACUGUGAUAAGAUGAGGUAAGGUUGUGUUCUAGGAAUCCAUGAGUUAUGUGAUGCUAGGAGUCCACUAGCCAGACCUACCCCUAGGGGGCGCUGUAGUGUUUUCACAGGUUCUAUCCACUAUGGAUUUUAAUAAUCAAACUAGUUACCAUAUUUACAGUUAGUGAUGGUGCAUCCUUUAAGUGUGUUUUUGCGCUUUUACCUUGGCUGAGGGUUCAAAUGUUGUUUGCCACGUGAAUACACCGUUCUAAAAGAGUUAGAUGUUCUAUUUUUCUAUAGUCCGUGUUCAUCGUCGACUUGCCUGCUAGACAUCGGCAAGCUGGUCUUUUCCAGAGUGUAGAACAAAACACAGGUACGCUUUUACUUUGAAAUUCAUCAGCAGUGCUGGCAUCCUUGUGGAACAUCAGCCGAGAUCAGUCAAAAUACUUGGAGUCUUUUAAUAUGAAAAGUGUUGUGUGUUGACCGCUCAAUCCUCUCUGUUGGGUUGUUUAUCGUGUGAGCAUGUGUCGUAGUUCCUCAAGUACGAGCUGUGAUUGACAAACACUGCAUUAGUUCUUAUCGGUUCAUGUAGCUGUGAAACACACAGGUCUUAAAGGCACACAACAGCCCUGGAUUCUCCUCAAACAUGGACUUCAAAACACCUCCCUAUAGCUCUCCAAGCGACUCGGAUCAGCGCAGUUUGUCGAGUCCGACUCUCAGAGUUUGAUUGGUCGGCCACUAGCCCCGCUUGGCUCUGAUUGGCCCGAGAAGCUUCGUUAAACGGGACCGAUUCACCUCUCAAAGGGCCCGGUGGUUCUCUGUGGAAAGCCCGGUCUGCUGUCUGGAAUUCCAGGCUGUGAUGAAUAGAUUUAGAUCUGACAGAAAAACACACGCUCUUAUUUUGAUUUCACGGCGGGUGCUAAGAUACUCAGCCCUCGGCGACAAGAGCACAACGCUGAAUACUAACGAGUGUUUUCAGUUCACACCUCGUGGUCCGUCUGCUCAGUGGAGACUACUGAGACACACAUGAACCAGCAAUUGAUUUUCUCUUGCCAAAGCACAGGCUAACCCACAGGCUAGCUAACGUUAGCAAGCGGCUCAUAGGUUGAAUUAUAUUACCACUCAGCUGUGCUAGAUGUAGAUUAUAGAUUCAUAGCAAAAAAAAUACAGCGAUAAAUACUAACUAAUAAAAGUGAAUAAAUAUGGGAAAUUGUGAAUGAUUUAGUGCACUUUGACCAUUGUGUUUCCGGUGAUCUGAGGACUUUGAUGAGUUCCCUUUGCUACGUUGUGUCAUUUUACGGACAGUGUUACGUACAGCAGCAAUAUUGUGAUCUCUCGUUCAAUACCACCGUACUAUAUAUAUAUAUAUAUGCACUAUUUAGAACCAUACUGCUCCAACAUGGUGAUCCAUUAGGCAUCCAGUCUUAGCGCGUAUCAUACGGAGGUUCUGGAGAGAUUACUUGACGGUGAAUUAGCACAGACACGACUCACUGCCUCAAUAAUGGUUCUGGUUCUGUGUGGACAACUUAGUAGUGCUAGUUGAGAACUAGUCAAGAGGAACUCGAGCUCUGACCUGGAGCGGGGAGAAGGUACUUUAGGUUGUUUAGGGAACUAGACUUCUGCUCUUCAUUCUUGUUCGUGGUAGGUCCGUUUUGUAGAACAAUUCAUUGUAUGUAUUUUCAUUGUAUUCAGCAAUCAGAAUAGUGAUGAGUCUCAAUCGGUUUCAAGGUGUGUGUUUCAGACCCCCAUUGGGAGGAUCUGAACUCUUUCUGUUUGAUGCAAGAUAUAUUUUUUAAAAGCUAGUUCAUUCGUUCGCUCACGCCUCGAUGCAAUUCUCGGACUGUGCGCUUUUCAAUUUGCCAAUUCAAAGCAGUCCACUGGGAGGGGCCCAGUACGACCCCCAGUGCUGUACUGGUGGGUGGGUACCAGCAGUGUGUAGAUCGAUUGUAAACGGUGCGAUUGGUUGGGUGGGGCCACGGUUUGUUAUUUUGUCGCACGCUUGGACAAAGUAUAUGACGUGUUUAGAGGACGAUCGAUGGUGAUUUCAACGCUAUGUUCCGCUGUGAAUUCUGCAUCAACAAGAAUGUAUCUGAAAUCAAAUAAAGUCAAAUCUUUCUAUCAAACCAG